AUGAUAACGAUAGCUUCUUCUUUGCAUAGUAGCAGCUCAUAUAUAUCCACUUUGAAACCAUUUUAUCCAAUAACAUCACCCUUAAAAAGAAUUAUUCACAAUAAUACUAUUUUAAGUACAAACGGAUUAAAUCAUAACAAACAAUCUCCUAAAUCUAGGCCAGUUAUAAAAGUAUCACAAAAAAAUACCCUAUUACUUAAGAAGAAUUCUUUUUUUACUUUACCUAAUAUAAUUACACUAACAAGAAUAGGUUGUACUCCGUUCAUCGGUCAAUACAUAUGGAUGGGUCAAUUAACCCCUGCAUUAACCUUGUUUGGUUACUGUUGUAUUACAGAUUUUCUUGAUGGUUACAUAGCUCGAAAGUUUAACAUGAAAUCUGUUGUUGGCACAAUUCUAGAUCCUAUAGCAGACAAGUUGUUAAUGAUUUUCACCACUCUUGCUUUAACUUUACCAUUAGGAUCACAAAUCAUUCCAUAUAGUAUUGCCACUUUAAUAUUGGGUAGAGAUAUAAUAUUAGGCUUCAGCGGUGGUAUAAUUAGAUUUACUUCAAUGAAGAAAGUUUAUGGUAGCGUAAAUUGGAAUUCAUAUUGGAAUCUUAUAAAAUAUCCAACAGUGGAGGUUAAACCAACAAGAAUAUCUAAAUGGAAUACAUUUUUUCAGAUGAUUUACUUGGGUUGCGGUGGUUUAUUAUUAAUAUUGAAUAAUACUAAGAAUGCUCAAAAGGAUGAAAAUGAAUCUGGAAAUACUUUGCUUAAAAGUAUACAUACACAAAAAGUACUGCUAGAAACUGGGUUUAGAUGGCUAGGUUAUAUUGUUGGUGUUACUACUGUGUUAAGUGGAGUUUCGUAUAUUUCAAGUAAGACAGCUGUUUCAACUUUGCCACUUUUAAAGUAA